AUGGCAGUAAAAUAUUUUCAAUCAAGGUCAUUUAAAGGUCACCAGGGUCAACAGAAAGCUGCAGAUUUAGAAAUUACCGAUACAGACAGAGAAAUUUCUACAAAGCCAGAUGGUGCUCCAGAUAGCGACAAGGAAGACCAGUGGUCACCAGAGGUUUCACUGCGUGUAGACUUGGCUAUUUUAGAACAGAUAGAAGAUAUGGAAGAAAAAGUUGCCCGAGCUAGUAUGCAAAUGAAGCAGGGGUGGAAAGUUCCUUCAAGGCUCUCAUCCGACCCUACUAUAAAGUUCAAAGCAGCCUGUCUGAUGCCAAAAAAAGAACAAGACUGCUCGAACUUUUAUUAUCAAAAGGGAAUUAAGCACCGAAAGAAGGAACAAUAUGUUUCUAUGGAGAUUGGUGAGAAUGCUAAUUUAAAGAAAGGAAGUAAUGUUGAGGAAAAUUCAUCACAGGAGGAGAAAAUGGAAAGUGAGACAACAAAAAGCAUCACUGAAGAUAAAGAAGAAUCGUGUGAACUAAGUGAAAACAUUGAAAAAGUGGCCAGUAGUCCUAGCAUCAAUUUUGGAGAUGUAAAUCCAAUUGAUAUUGCUAAGGAAAGACUUUUAUUACUUGAAAGUGCCAUUGAAAGACGUUAUAUAAAGCCACCUCUUGGUAUUGUCACGGAGCUGAACUUGUCUUCACGGAACAGCUGCAGCAGCUGCCUUCCUCCCCCUACAACAGCUGAGGAGAGGGAAGAAGAGCUACCAAGAGGGCUACUCCGUUGGAGGGCAUCAGUCCAGAAGUGUCAGACCGCGGACCAAUUGGCAAUGUGCCUAAAUAUGCUGGAGGCAUGUAUAGCAUGGGAUAAGUCCAUCAUGCGAGCUAGCUGUCAGUUCUGUCACAGUGGAGCUAACGAGGAAAUGUUGCUUCUUUGUGACGGUUGUGAUAAAGGUUACCAUACGUACUGUUUCAAGCCUAAAAUGGAGACCAUACCCGAUGGGGACUGGUACUGCUACGAGUGUCUGAACAAGGCCACUGGUGAUAAAGUCUGCGUUCUUUGUGGUAAGAAGGGAAAACUAAUAAGGUGUGACCUGUGUCCCAAAACCUACCACAUUGACUGUUUAGACCCCCCACUACUAAGACCACCAAAAGGAAAAUGGACGUGUGUAAGCUGUAAAGUUCAGCUAAAAAAAAGUAACAAGCCAAAACCAGUAUCGAAAGAAAAAGACAGGGAAAAGGAGAAAGAAACAUCGAAGGAGAAAGACAGAGAAGUGCCACCAAGUAAAAAGUCUGAUAGUAAUUCAAGUAACAAAUCCAAGAUAAACGAAAAGAAGGAAAAGUCAAAGCCACUGAUCAACAAAGAAUUUGCUGCAGCACGGACUAUAUUGGACGAGAUGGAAUUACACGAAGAUUCCUGGCCUUUUCUUCUACCAGUUGACACCAAACAAUUCCCAACUUACAAAAAAGUUAUAAAAAAGCCGAUGGAUUUAAGUACGAUACGGAGCAAGCUGGAAGGAGGAUCAUACAAAACAAAGGACGAUUUUUCUGUGGAUGUACGAUUGAUUUUUGACAACUGUGAAACUUUUAAUGAAGACGAAUCUCCUGUGGGAAGGGCUGGUCAUAAUAUGAGGGCAUAUUUUGAUAGCCAAUGGGCUGAUUUGAAUUCAUCAUGAAUACAGCGAAUGGUCACAAAUGUUGCUGUUAACAGACUAGCUGCUUCCACAAGGUGGAGCUGCUUUGCUGUUCAGUAAGUGCCUGAUUGAUGGAAGACUGCUACAAGUAGAUAUAAUUUUGUGAUCCUGCAGGUUUGGUGUUUCACUGUGUGCUUUUUUUUUGUUUAUGAUUAAUGCACAUGCCAGGAAAUGUAGUUUUACUAUCUACUUGUUUCUUUUUUUGUGAGUUGCUAAUGCCACCUAGUGGUUUUUGACAAUAUUACUGGUGUGUAAAGCUGAAAGCACUGCUUGGCAGAGGAAAAAGACACACCUACACAUGGGACCUUUUAACAGAAAUAUCUUCAGAUGAAGAGCCAUCUUGACAGUAACAAAUUGUUUCUUGUGACCCUGAGUAGGGGUAAAGUUGUUUAGAUAUUCCAUAAAAAUGUUUAGCUGUAUAUGAGUCCUACAGCAGACUAUAUUUUACCCAAAAGAUAAUAGAAAAUACUUUGGCCACCUCUGCUUACUGUCUUGUAGAAUAUAAAGAUUUUUGGACUUAUAGUUUUGUACAAAUGUCAUUCCCUAACAAUCUGGGGACUUUCUUGUAUUAUGUUAUUUUCUUUCUAAUAAUUAUUGAGGCUGCAUUUACGGAAUGAUUGUCAAGAUUGGUCAAAUUUGUUGGGAUUUUUUUUUUCAGUACAAUGUAUCAUGGACCAAUCCUUAUAGAACAGGGAAAUAUUGGGGUUUUGACUACACAUGUAGUUGUGUAGGUUAAGGUAUAAUAUCAUGUUCUUCAGCCUGUGUGGAAUGAAGAAAUUCAAUGUUUGUAUAGGUAUUUGGUGAUCUGUAUAGUGUCUAAUAUUUUGGGGACACUUGCUUAUGUAUUAAAUUUUGCUUAAGUUAUUUAUUAGUAUUGUACUUCAUGUAUCAUUGAGUCAUUAUGAUCAUAGCAUAAAGAAAUAUGAGGGUUACAGAAGUUUCUUAGCAUACUCAAACAGUGGAGUGAAUAUACCCUUGAGCAGGAAGUUAGGCCACCGAGUCAUUACUUCAUUUCUUACGUAUGUAUACUCCUACUUCAGUUACCGGUCCAAUUCCUUUUUAAGAGUACAAUUUUCUUUAUGUUUUAUCAAAAUGACAAGCACAAGAUUAUCUCUCAGGUAAGUGAAGUUUCAUGAACUUCUUCUGAAGCUGUUCUGAUAUUAAAGAUUUAACAAACCACAAAAAACCUUAGUACAAACAGGAUUUAAUGAACAAACUAGUCUGUAAACAUUGUUAGUUGUGUAACAGAUAGUUAAGUGUUUUCAAGACAUUCACCAUUUUGUUAAAUGUUUUCGUCACAGUUAUAAUGAUUAAACCUUAUUUUGUUAAAUUUACCUCAGUAUACAUCAGAAGUUUUUGUUUUCCUUUUUAAAAUUCUGAUGUUUUUUUUUUUCAUAUAAUCAUAAACUUAUUUUGAACAAGGUAAAUUAAAUUAUAUUUAAAGUGUGACUAGUAAAAUAUUGGAAUAACAGUUUCUGUAUUUAUUACAAGAAAAUGGUAUUGUAUUCAUUAUCAUUUUAGUCUUCAUAAAAAGAAAGUUAAUUUCUAUAAUAUUAUAUUGAUAUUUUAAUUAUCUUACUAAGGUAUAUCACAUUCAAUCCACAGCAACUUUAAGCAAACCAACAUUUGAACUAAUCCCAGUAAGAUCAUUGAUAUAUUUUUCCCUACCCUUUUCGUUAAUUGACUAUCUAAGAAAGAGUAUUAUACAUUUUAAAAUAUCCACUCUUAUUUCAGUCCCUCCAAAUUGCGGAAUUAAAUAUUUGAAAAUCUGAAUUUUUAUAAAGCAUCGUAAUCUUGGUUGAAACUGAAUAAUGUUGUUUAAGGUGACUUACUAAACAUUUUAGUUGAAAUAUAAGAUAUCAAAGUUUCUGUGUUGUUUAAAGCAACGUAGAAACCAUACGAAUAAGAUUUUACAUUUUUUAUGCACUUGCUUUCAGAGCUACUUAAUGAGAGUUUUGUUGAUAAAACUAUUUUUUUAAAUUAAUACAACAUAUUUAGGUUCUACUGUAAUUAAAAGUUUGAAGAAGUAAAUGAUUUUGGAACUUUCUGAAAGAUUGAACUGCUUUAUAUAAAAGCAUGGCAUGUAAUUUCAUACCAAGUGCUCAACUUUAACUAAACACUUUUUAACCAA